UGACGACAUCAGAGGCGUGGCCACGUCAAACAUGGCCGCCCCCGUUGCGUGUGUCGCUUUCGCCUCACGUUGAGUGUAUUAUUGCCUGUUAAUUACGAUCGACUCGGAGAAAAUGGCAUCAUAUACUGAGGAUAAGGAAAAGGAAGAUGUGGAAAAAGAGUCAGACAAUGGAGAUGGAGACAACAAAGAGGAGGAGAGCGUGACAAUGGAAGCAGAAGGAGAAACAGAAGAUGCCCGAGAAGAGGAUGAAGAUGGACGCGAUUCAGAAAAAGAAGACUGCAGUGAAGAAGAAGAAGAUGAGUCAGAACAACCCGAAGUCGAAACGGAGAAAAUGCCAGCCCAAGUAAAAACGCAGCCGGUUGUCCUGAACUUGAACAAUGAGGUGGUGUUAAUGAGAAAAGAGGUGAAGCGAGUGAGGGCACUGCUCAGCAGGAAGAUCAUUCGACAAAUUGCUCAGCUGAAGAAAAAGAAGGGGACUGAAGUGGCUGUUGAGAAGAAUCAGAAGAAAGCCGCCAGAUUACUGGAGGAGCUCCACGCAAUGAAAUCUCUCCGACCGGACCUUGUCACCAAGAUCGCCUUGCAGAAGGAUCUCAACUUCAAUGAAGUGUGCAAGAACCCAAAGUCCACCAUGUCCGACAGAGCCGUAGCUCGCAUCGCCUGCCACCCGCAGUUCAAGAAAAAGAUCGAGGACAUUCGGGCGGCCGUGAAGGCGUUCAGCGAGCAGAGGAAAAAGAAGCAGGUGCAACAGAAGGAGAAAAAUGAGCAAGUAACGCUAGCUGUGGAAUCUCCCGUAACGGUAGCUGUGCAAUCACCUAAGCCUAAAAAGGUCAACAAGUGGAAGACAGUGAUGCGAGAAAAACGUUCCAAAAAAGUGAAGAAAAUCACUAAAGGUGACGACAAAGACACCAAAGAUAAAACUACUUCUGAACCUGAUGGGGAAAAAAUGGAAUCCACUCAAGAUGCUCCUGCUGUUGAGAAGAAACUAAUAGUGGAGCCUAAAAUUGUCCAACCAGCAUCGGUCAAAAAGAGUGAGCCAAAAGAACGAGUAACGAAGAGACCGCCAGCUCAGGCUCAGGAGAAGAAACCCGAGAAAAUCACUCAAGAUGAUGAACAAGACACACAAGAUAAAACAACUUCUUCUGAAACUGAUGAGGAAAACACGGAAUCCACUCUAGAUGCUCCUGCUGUAGAAAAGGAACUAAUAGCGGAUUCUAAAAUUGUCCAACCGGCAUCGGUCAAGAAGAGCGAGCCAAAAGAACAGGUAAACAAGAAACAGGCUCAGGAGAAGAAACCAGAGGAAAUCACUAAAGAUGACGACAAAGACACAAAAGAUAAAACUACUUAUGAACCUGAUGGGGACAAAAUGGAAUCGACUCAAGAUUCAGCUACCGUUGUUGAAAAGAAAUUAACAGCGGAGCCUAAAAUUGUCCAACCAGCAUCGGUCAAAAAGAGCCAGCCAAAAGAGCAGGUCAAGAAGAAACCGCCAGCUCAGACUCAGGAGAAGAAACCCGAGGUGGUGUCCAAGCCGACGAAACAAGAAGAAAGCGAAUCCGAUCUCUCUGACGACGAGGGCAAACCGUACUUUGAUGACAGUACCGAGGAACGAUUCCGCAAGCAGUCGUCCCAGGAGGAGAGCGACAAUGACUUUUUUGUUGGCAAAGUGAGCAAAUUUAAGAAAAAGAAAAGCAAAAACACAGACGGCGACAAGACUGAAGAGGAUUUCGGCGGAAAAUCAAAGACGACCGACAAGCUUGAGUGUGAACUCGGCGAGCUUGAGUCGCGCUUAAAAUCGAAAGCGCCCAAAUUUCAGACUGUCUUCUGCUCUUUGUCUGAAACGAGACACGGUCGGGGCGGAAGGGGGAAGCCGUUUAGGGGUCAAGGGAGACCGACGGGCAUGGGCCGUGCCGAUUUUGAUAAAAACAAAAGGUUCCAUAAAGAAGACGGAGACCAAACCAGGAACCCAAAGUUCAACAGACGUUUUGAUUCAGAGAGACCAAACUUUCGAGGGCGUGGCCGAGGCAAUGCUGCGAGGCAGCAGGACUGGCGUGGCCCGGGCGCCGUUGCCCAACAGGAACCACAACAGGCCCUGCAUCCAUCAUGGGAGGCCAGUAAGAAGAGAAAAGAGCAACAAGGACAAAUUAUGGCUUUCCAAGGGAAGAAGAUCAAGUUUGAUGAUGACUGAGCCAUAUAUUGCAAUCAAGUGUGUGUGUUUUUUUUUGCGCCUUUUUGGGUGUCUUCUUUCAGAUCAUUUAUGGUGAAAAUGUUGAAAAUUGCUUAUAUUAACAGGUCAUGUUAAUAAAAUACCUUUUUAAAUGUU